CGGUUUUCUGUUUACAUCGUGGUCGUCGCCAGUCCAGAGUGAAUUUCGAACCGCAUGUUGCAUAAUUUUCGAUCGGAAAAACGCCGAAAAGUAACAGAUUUUCCUGUUUUAAGUUCGCGGAAAUAGUUGUGUCCAGUUGCUUCGCGCUGUGAACUGCAGCUCCGGUACCGCUGGUCGAAAAAAUUCGCAUUCUCAAACGGUAAGGAUUGCGAAAUUGAGCAGUCGGAAAAGCACCAUCCCGUGUACGCUACCUUCCUUUUGUUACGGCAUUUCAUCCGCGCUGCUCGUGUGGUAGUGCGAGCAAGCUCUCAAGACGUUAUAUUGAGAGUGUCUGGUGUCUCUCACUGUCCAUCCCAGUCUGGUGUAAUUGGCGCUGGCUUAUAGACGACUCCCAGUUGGAUUCUCCCGUCGCGUAGUGAAAGAAGUAAUUCGGUUCCGUUCUUGCAACAUAGGAUUCUUGGUAGUGCAUUCAUUAUUUUCCAACUUUAAGGAGAAUAAGACUAGUGUACCGUUGUUUGAAAAGGAUUAUCCGAAAAGUGUAUGAGUGGCUGGAAGGAGUGACAUAUCGGAGUGCAAAAUUGUGUGACCAGAACGUGAAGAAUUUUUGCUGAAGGCAGAAACGAUGGCUUUAGGAGCGGACAAAUCCGGAAAGGAUACGGAGGUUGCACCGGCCACGACUAAAACUGGCCCGUCUACCAACCCGGAGCCGAAGAAAAAAGGAAACAACAAAAAGCAAAAGAACGGCAAAGACAAGGAAACGACUCCACCCCCGACCACCACCGGAGCAAAGGAACCACUAGUCAACGGACACAGCGCUGCCGUCAACGGCAUGAACGGACACACGUCGGAAGGCGAACAGCAGAAGGAUAAGACAGCUGCUGAAGAUAAGAAGAAGCCCGACUCAGAUGUGAUGGAGAUCAUCCAGGAUACUGGAUUCACAGUGCAGAUCCUAUCACCGGGCGUGGAACCUCUUUCGAUCCAGGUUUCCAGCAUGGAACUGGUGCAGGAGAUUCACCAGCUGCUGAUGGAUCGGGAGGAUACUUGUCACAGAACUUGCUUUUCACUGCAAUUGGAUGGGGUGACGCUGGAUAACUUUGCGGAGCUGAAAAACAUUGAGGGACUGAAAGAGGGUUCGAUUAUCAAGGUUGUGGAAGAGCCGUACACUAUGCGCGAAGCCAGGAUCCACGUAAGACACGUGAGGGAUCUGUUGAAGUCGAUGGACCCGGCCGAUGCUUACAACGGAGUGGACUGUAGUUCGUUGACCUUCCUGCACACCAUUACUCAGGGUGAUAUUCUUGAAAAGAAAAAGGGACGUUCGGAGAGUGUAGAUUGUACUCCUCCGGAGCAUAUCAUGCCGGGCGCAAAGGACAGGCCUUUGCUACCUCUACAACCGGGAGUAGGCAAGAAGGGGCCACAGCCAUUGAAGGUGCUAACGACAUCUGCGUGGAAUCCUCCACCAGGUCCCAGAAAAUUGCAUGGAGAUUUGAUGUACUUGUAUGUGGUCACGAUGGAAGAUAAAAGGUUCCACAUUUCGGCUUGUCCUCGAGGCUUCUUUAUCAAUCAAUCGUCGGAUGAUGUGUUUGAUCCUCGCCCAGACAAUCCCAGCUAUCUGUGCCAUUCGUUGAUCGAUCUGUUGUCGCAGAUUUCACCCACCUUCCGUCGCUGUUUCGCACAAAUGCAGAAGAAACGCACCCAACGGCAUCCAUUCGAGCGCGUUGCCACACCGUAUCAGGUUUACACCUGGUCUGCACCGGCCCUAGAGCACACCAUCGAUGCCAUUCGCGCGGAAGACACUUUUUCUUCCAAGCUGGGUUAUGAGGAGCACAUUCCCGGCCAGACGAGAGAUUGGAAUGAGGAGUUGCAGACAACGCGCGAACUUCCGAGAGAAACCCUUCCGGAGCGAUUGCUCCGGGAACGUGCCAUAUUCAAGGUUCAUAGCGAUUUCGUGACGGCAGCUACCCGGGGUGCUAUGGCUGUGAUUGACGGAAAUGUGAUGGCAAUUAAUCCUGGAGAGGACGCCAAGAUGCAGAUGUUCAUUUGGAAUAACAUUUUCUUCUCGCUGGGAUUCGAUGUGAGGGAUCAUUAUAAGGAGCUUGGCGGUGAUGCUGCUGCGUUUGUGGCACCUCGGAACGACUUGCACGGUGUUCGAGUGUAUUCCGCAGUGGACGUUGAGGGGUUGUAUACCUUGGGAACGGUAGUCAUUGACUAUCGUGGCUAUCGUGUCACUGCCCAGUCGAUUAUUCCUGGUAUUUUGGAACGUGAACAGGAGCAAUCCGUUGUGUAUGGAUCGAUUGACUUCGGAAAGACGGUGCUGUCGCACGAAAAAUACUUGGAACUGUUGAACAAUGCUGGAAAGCAUCUUAAAAUACUGCCACACAGUGUCUUAAACGAGAAGGAAGAGGAAAUUGAGCUGUGCUCGUCAGUUGAAUGUAAGGGAAUCAUUGGUAACGACGGUCGCCAUUACAUUUUGGAUUUGUUGAGGACCUUCCCUCCGGAUGUAAACUUCCUGAAAUUAGAUGAAGAGCUUAGCAAGGAUUGUAAGGCACUUGGCUUCCCGAUUGAACAUAAGCACAAGCUGAGUUGCUUGCGUCAGGAACUGCUCGAGGCAUUCGUCGAGAGCCGAUAUCUUAUGUUCAUCAAGCAUGCAGCGUUCCAGUUGCAACAGUUGAAUUCCGCCAAGUUGAAGCAAAAACAGGAAGCGAAGGAUUCCAAAGAUAGCGAGAAGAAGGAAGAACCAAAAGCAAUUGAAGCUGCUCCAGUUGCGAAAGAACCCGCAAAGAAGGAUGCUGCCGCCGAGUCGAAUAACAAUGUUGAGUCGAAGGAAGAAUGUCCAAAGAAGGGAAGCACAGAUAAAGCAAAGGAUAAAUCAGCUGGUGUUCCAAAAGUAGAAACUGAAGAAGCCAAGAAGCUGAUGGAGUCGUUGCUAUCCAGCGACGAGAAGAAUGAAAGCAAGGAGGUUGUCAAACGUGCCUGUGAAGCAGUCGGAUCACUGAAGGAAUACGAAUUUGAUAUUCGUUUCAAUCCGGAUGUAUACUCGCCAGGAAUCAAGCACGUUGACAAUCAGAGUGCUGCCAACUCUUUAAAGAAGCAGAAGCAGUUGGUUAAGGAUGCUGCCGAGUUCCUUGUUAAACACCAAAUCCCAAGUUUCGUUCAUGAUUGCUUGGACCAUACUGCAGCUCCCAUGGAUGGAACUACCCUUACCGAAACGCUACAUAGCCGAGGCAUCAAUGUUCGUUAUUUGGGUAAAGUUGCUAAUCUGCUGGCCAAGAUUAAGCAACUGGAAUACCUGCACACUAUUGCCGUGUCGGAGUUGAUCAUCCGUGCCGCGAAGCACAUCUUCACCAGCUACAUGCAAAAUACUGAAAUGAUGAGCAUGGCUGCUGCCAUCAGUCAUUUCCUAAAUUGCUUCCUAACGGCUACUACUGCAGUGUCGCACUCGGGUAGCUUAUCUGAAUCUGAUGCCCUUACCAAAUCUGGAUCAUCUGGUGGUAAGCAACAGCGCCGCCAAAACAAGCGUUCUGCUGGCAGCAAGGGCGGAAAACCAUCAUUCCAGUGCACGCAGGAUAACAACGAAUGGCAGCUGCUGACCCCGAAAUCUCUCUGGUCUCAAAUCGAAAAAGAACUCAAAUCUUACUGGGAUUACGAGCUGCUCCCAGCUGGAGCGCAUGACUCUGCUGAUCCAGUAGUGUCCCACUAUCGUCUACAGAAGAUCAGCUUACUUCGUGCAUUUUGUCUCAAGACUGGUGUUCAGAUCCUGCUCCGAGAGUAUAACUUCGAGAUGAAGAAUAAGCCUACGUUUGGCGAGAGCGAUAUCGUUAAUGUGUUCCCAGUUGUCAAGCACAUCAAUCCCAGAGCUUCCGAUGCGUACAAUUUCUACACCACCGGUCAGAGCAAAAUCCAGCAAGGUUACUUCAAGGAUGGAUACGAUUUGAUCAGCGAAGCGUUGAACCUGUUGAACAAUGUCUACGGGGCGAUGCAUCCGGAAAAUGCCCAGUGCCUGCGCAUGUUGGCCCGUUUGAGCUACAUCAUGGGUGAUCCUCAGGAAGCAAUUGCCAUCCAGCAGCGAGCCGUGCUUAUGAGCGAGAGGGUCAAUGGUAUUGACCAUCCGUACACGAUCGCUGAAUAUGCUCCACUUGCGUUGUACUGCUUUGCCAAUAGUCAGAUCAGCACUGCCCUGAAGCUGCUGUACCGUGCCCGGUAUCUCGCUACGAUAGUUUGUGGUGAAAACCACCCGGAUAUUGCCCUGUUGGAUAGCAACAUCAGUUUGAUUCUACAUGCCGUUGGCGAAUACGAGCUGUCCUUGCGUUUCCUGGAGCACGCUCUGGCUCUCAACAUCAAGUACUACGGCGAGAAGUCUCUGAAGGUGGCCGUUAGCUACCAUCUGGUAGCCCGAACACAAAGCUGCAUGGGCGAUUUCAGGUCCGCGUUGAACAACGAAAAAGAAACAUAUGCCAUCUAUAAGCAACAGCUUGGAGAAACGCACGAGAAGACACAGGAAUCGUCCGAGUGUCUGCGCCAUCUGACCCAACAGGCGGUCGUGCUGCAGAAGAAGAUGAACGACAUCUACUCGAAUGGAAAGCUGACCAGCGGGUUGCCGCCUAUCCAUAUUCAACCACCGUCGAUGGGCUCCGUGCUGGACAUGUUGAACGCUAUCAACGGUAUUAUCUUCGUACAAAUAAGCUCCAAGGAAAUUGCCAACCUGAAAAACGAAAUCGAAAAGCGCCAGAAAGAGGGCGGCACCUCUGAGCAGGCAGCUGCCGCUCAAGCUAGCCAAGAAGAGGUUGAUCGCAUGCUGACGGAAACCAUGGCCAAGACCGCUGCUGGAAUUCCAUUCGAGGACCACGACAAGCACGAGCUUCCCGUAGCUGCCGAAGCCAGCAGUAGUAAGCAAGCCGACAAUAGCAGUAAUGCAUCCGCACAACAGGUAAGCUGAAAGAAGGGCCCUAAUCGUCGACUCCAGCAGUAGGAGCACUAUCGAUUGAUCGCAGUCAUUUCUAACAAUAUCGAAACAUUACACUACAAUAAUCAGCAGCUGUUAAGAUGGUCGGAGACUUCCAUAAGAAGUUGUUGCCGUUAGUUUGCCCGUUUGUUUAAUUAGAUGGCGCGCUCUUAUAGGAGGAGUGUGGCUUAGAAUAGAGACCAGCUAUAGGUUGUUUACUGAUAACAGUUGACAAUAUUGUUUCAUUUCAAAGUAUGCAUCUAAAUACUUUUGUUUGUUUCAUUUUAGAAAAUCUAAGAAACGCACACUACUUUUUCUGAACUCAAUUUACUUAUAGUUUGCCAUCCUCAUUACAAAAAGAAAAUGUGCUUUAUUAGGCGAAUUCUAUAAUACAUAAAUCAGCGCUAAACCAAAUUGAGGGAAUCACAGACGGUCAUCACAAACGUGCAAUAGAAGACUGUUCCUUGAAGGUCUCUAAAAGAGUUAUAUGACCCUAUUUGCAAUAAAACUAAUCUUAUAUGCCAUCGAAUCUUCAAAUGUACGUCCUCGUCGACGUCGUUGCAAACUAAAAACCGUUAACCACGCCAUGAAUUCAUCUAAAUUGUCUGAUCCAAAGAUUUUUCACAUCCCACUCAAACUGAAUUCAUACGCAGUUGCUUAUGAUGAUUCUUACUGAUAGCAGAAGUCGACUGGCGACGCGGCAGAGCGAAUAUCAUUCUAACUAUUACAAAACAACAAGCAUUACAAGUUACAUCAGAAGAAAUUGAUUACGACUAUAGACCGCUGCAAUCAGCGCGUACCUAACUAGGUAGUCCAGCAAUUUUGCACAUUAAAAAUGUAAACUUCAAUUAAUAAUCAACCGACAACAAAAGCAACACAAGUAAGCACGUAGUUAGCCAGGUAGAAAUUGAAAAUAAAAACUAGUAGAACAUAUAGACUUUCAAAUUUUACCGGAUUGCAGCCGGAAAAUAAAGCUAGUAGUAGAAUGACACUGAACAAAAAAACACCGAAAGAACAUAAAUGUAGAUUCGAAAGACAUGAUUUAACAUUCAUAAAAAUGGAAAUUGAGUGAGAGUUUUUGGGAAUCAUGUACCUCUUCUCAAGAGCUCCGAAAAGUUGAGUUGAUUUGUGCGAUGUUGAAUAUGGAGCAAUAAAAGGAAAAAAAGAACUUUCGGUUUCAUUAUUUUAA